UACUGUCAAUUGUCAAAUCGAUGAAAAAUUUACUUGUUGAUUCUCGAGUAAAGAAACUUGUAAAACGACUGUAAACCGUGAGUUUUCAUCUCGUUAAAUUUUUGUGUGUAUUGGAGUACUAUUUUUCUAAAGACUAUAAAAUAUGGUGCAGUCGUGUGCUGCCAUUAAUUGUGUAAAAAGACGAUUAAGUGGGGAAAAAGCAAAGUUCCAUAGGUUUCCUAAAGAUCCUGUCCAAAGAAAAAAAUGGAUUGAAGCCAUGCAAAGAUAUAAAUAUUCCCCUAGCUCCACAGCUGUAAUUUGCCAAAAUCAUUUUCGGAAAGAUGAUUACAUGGUUAAUGUCCAUGGAAAUACAGUUCUAAAAAAAGAGGCUGUUCCCUCAAUUUUUAAUUUCCCAAAUCAUCUGUCGAAGCAACUGAAAGAGUCGAGGGUUUUGGAAAAAGUUUCAAAAGAAAAUGCAGACAAUGAGCAAAUAAUGUGUGAACAACAUAUCCUACCAUCAUCUUCAAAUCGAAAUGACACUUCCAGCAUAAGUGAGAAUUUUCAACCAGAGGUACAACUAUCGUCUCAGGAACAGGAAAAUCAUAAACGAGAACGAUUGGAACCAGAUUAUAUUGGUGAUUUUAAACAAUCUGAUCUGGAAUGUCCUGCAAAAAGGAAACAUUGGAUAGUAUCCCAAGAAGUUGUAAAAAAUUAUAAGUUUACGGAGAGAUUUAAGAAACCAAAUUAGACUAAAAAAUAAAAAAAUAGCCUCCUUAAGUUCUUUAUUAGAUGAACUUUGAAAUAAAAAUAAGGUGACAUCACAAGUGUUUGUUUAACAAACUGCUAUGAUCAAAAUAGGACAAUUUGUACACCAUAACAAUUUAAUAUUGUUUUAUAUUUGACUGAUUUGCUGUUGAUGUUAGAUUGCAGAACCACAAACAAAGAAGCUCAAAGUAAUAGGUAUUUUUCCCUCCACCGUUUGCAUUUUCUGCAUCAACUCCAGUUCCAUUGGACGUAUAAAUUGAACUUAGCAGUGGGUAACAGAAAUUUCAACAUAUUAUUUUUUUCAAAGACCUUAAAUUUGUUCAUUACAUUCCCUGUAUAUUUGAAGAUUUUGUGGCAAUAUGUGAUAUCGAUCUUUAAGAAACUUCCUUAUAUACAACGUAAUGAAAUCUUUCUGGUAUUUGGGUCUUAUAAAUUCGAAACAGAAAAAAUUAAAUGCUUAAUUUUAUUGGAAUGGAUGACUAUUGGUUUUUUUAACAGAAUCAUUGACAAGUGAAAAUUUACAUUUGCUGUUUUUUAAUUGAAUCAUUAAGAAUUGUAUAGGCAAAAUUAGUAAAGGGAUGUUUGCCUAAAUAACGUCUACAGGUAUUACUUAAAAAAAAAAACAAGUAGGAAAGGAAAAUAAAUGUUUAUACUGAAUUAAAAAGGACUAUAAUUUACCCCAUCACACUCAUCACCAUUUCAUAUUAUAAUGGAUUUUCAUCAAGAAGUUUGAUGGCUUUUUUUCAAGCUUCAACGUGUGUAUCAGGAGCUAACUUGGCUUGGCCAGAAAUUAA